AUGCCUCGCAGCAGUCGACGACAACGACGCGAUCGAGGCCCUGACUACCAACGUCACCGCCCUCGGCGUCAGGACAACACUAGAGAAACCGGGGACCACCAGGUCAAUGUCGGUGCCCUGAAUCGUAGGAAGCCUCUGAACUUGUCAUGCGAAUCUGAACUUCGAGAGUACACCACCGAGCAGGGGGCGAUCCUGGAGUUGGCCAACCUGCAGCGAUACCCGAACCCGGAACUACCGCCGACCAGGUUCUGUGCGGCGCGUCCCAGAGGUGGAUUUUGGGGAGUGAGCGAUGAGGAAAUGGACAUCCUCUACCAUUUUAGGUGGAUGAAGACGCGGGGUCCAGGACGGGACAUCAUCUACCAGUUGUCCUACAGAGACGAUGAGGCUGUUUCCAAAGCCAAGCAAGAUGGCUGUCCUGUCCGAAUCACAUCCAACGAUGGCCGCCGUCCCAGAGACGGCGUGGAUCGUGGGCUUGCCCUGGGCAUGGUGGAACACAGCGUUUCCCCCCCAGAAGAACAUGCCAUCAGAAUGGGAAGAUCUACACUACCUGUGGUCCAGCAACCAGACCUUCGCCCUCCCCGAGUCAGCGGUUCCUCUCGACAGGAUGCGCUGCCGCUGCAGCUACCUCUUCGCCAGGUCAAAGAGGAGGAGACUGAGUAG